AUGCAGAGCCUCCGAGACCAGCUCUCGCAGGUCUUCCCGGGCACGCCCCACUUCACGGAGAAGAACCUCCCAUCGUUAACGGGCCGCGUCUACGUCGUGACGGGCGCCAACACGGGCGUCGGCAAGCAGCUUGCGCGAAUCCUGUACUCCAAGGACGCCAAGGUCUACAUAGCAGCUCGCUCACGCGAGAAGGCGCUGAGCGCCAUCGAGGACAUCAAGAACGCCGCGCCCGAAUCGAGAGGAGAGCUCGUGUUCCUGCCGCUCGACUUGGCCGAUCUCGCCGCGGUCAAGACCUCGGCGCAGGAGUUCUUGGGGCAGGAGUCGAAACUGCAUGUGCUGUUCAAUAAUGCGGGCGUCAUGAUUCCGCCUGGCGAUCAGACUACGGCUCAGGGGUAUGAGUCGCAGCUCGGGGUGAAUAAUGUCGGCACGCACCUCUUCACCAAGCUCCUCACACCAACCCUAAUCGCCACCGCCAAAUCCUCAACCCCGAACUCGGUGCGCGUAGUCUGGGUCGCAUCAUCCGCCGCCGAAAGCCCGAUUGCGCCCAAGGGAGGCGUGCUGAUGGACAACCUCGACUACCACCGGGCCACGAACAACUGGUCCAAGUACGCCAUCAGCAAAGCGGGCAACUACCUGCAGGGCGCCGAGUUUGCGCGGCGCCACCGCGCCGACGGCGUCGUCAGCGUGCCGCUGAACCCCGGGAACUUGGACUCGGACCUCUGGCGCCAUCAGGGUUUCGUGAUGGGCAGGCUGAUCAAGUGGUUCCUGCUGCAGCCGGUUGUUAAUGGGGCUUAUACGGAACUGUUUGCUGGGUUGUCGCCUGAUGUCACGAUGGAGAAGUCUGGUGAAUGGAUUGCUCCUUGGGGCCGGUUCGUGCCCAUCAGGAAAGAUCUCAAGGCGGCUACGCUGUCGAAGGACGAGGGCGGCACUGGUGUAGCAGCGGAGUUCUGGGAGUGGAAUGAGGCGCAGGUGAAGCCUUUUGUAUGA